AUGCGAGUGUGUGGCUUAUGGCAAGCGAUACUGAGUGAUGCCCGCACAACGCAGCACCUUCUUGUCCUGACACACCAUUUCACCGGAACCCAGUGCGACGACCACAACUGUCGGCGCAUCGCGACGGCAUUGUGCCGUAGCAUCACUCCCGCUACGAAGAGCCUCACCAUCACCGCCCGCGCCCACGACUGGGAGAGGAAGCAGUCAAACUGGCACAGCGCGUGCAUCGUGCCGGAGUUGUUGCGGGUUAUGCAGGUCAAGCUGUCUUGGAUCGCCAUCCAGUCCUUCUGUCUGGACAUGCUUCCCGACUGCCUGCUGGCCUUCCAGUCCCGCUGUGACGCACUAGUCGUCGAGGGGCUGGAGAUGAGCUGGGGAACGCUGUGCGACGAGAUGCGGUGGAAUGUGCAGCGCCCCCGUUUCGGCAUGAUUGGCUUGCCGGAGCGGGAAUACCGCUUCACCAAACGACACAAUUCCGCCGGCGCCCGGCGUUGGCUGCGGGAUGGGAUGCUGCUCGGCAUCCCGCGGAUAAUCUAUCCGUGGCGGGACGGCUGGCACUGCCAGGAGUGGGACAUUGAUCGGCCGUUCAUGUGGUCCACCAACCGAUUGCUGACCCCGGUCACGGCCGACGUGUACGCCCAGGUGGCGGCGGUGCGUGCUCGCUGGUGCGACACUCUGGCUUAUCCCGAUGAGUGGCGGGUCAUCCGCUGCUUCUUAGACAGGUUCAGCGGAUUCCACGCGAAUGGCAGUGCCCACACGUGGCACAAUGUCGACCUGCGAACGCUGGAUCUCGCGCAGCUCAGCGCACUGGCGCUGAGGGAAAUCGCCGAGAUUUUCGCCCUUUAAACCGAUCGGCAGGCCUUAACUACCCAAGGCCUGCAAGGCUCCAACGGCUCGCAAGCUCACCUGUGGAACGUUUCGUACCAAAGAAAAAAAGUGAAUCGUUUUUUCGCUCCUUGUAAUCACAGUAGACAUCUGUACACAUGCUGUAGACACCUGUAGACCUAUCGGUA